GUGCUUUUAACCAGGGAAGGGAACCAACGCUCAGUCCGUCUUCGGCAGCUCCUCGAUCUUCGAGAUGGCGACGGCGACCUGGCGCGGGUUGCCCUUGGCCGCCUUGACGGCCUUGGCGAUGCCCAGCGACCCCGCGAGGUUGAGGGACACGCAGAGCUUGAGCAUGAGGUCCGGCAUCGUCGGCAGGUCCUUGACCUUUUUCACGCCCUUGGCGUCGAUGAAGUCAUUGUCGAAGUAGCCGCCCUUGAUGGGCUUCUCGAGGCCGUUGUCCUUGACCCACCCGUCGAAGGCCUUGACCGUGGCCUUCAUGUCGUCCGUCGUCGAGAAGACCCACAUGUUGCUCAGCGCCGGCACUUGGCUGACGACGUCGUCCCCGUAGCCCGCCGCGGACAGGCCGCGCUUGAAGAGCGUCGUCUUCACGAUGCGCGCCUUGCUGGCCUCGGGCAGGCGGUCCCGCAGGUCGUCGAUGACCUUGAUGCCCAUGCCAGACCCCUCGAAGGAGUAGAUGAGGUCCGCGCCCUCGAUGUCCUCCUGGACCGAGGCCACGAUCUUCUCCUUGCCCGCGAGCGUCUUCGUGCGGCCGAGGGGCGUCGCCGUGCGGCCGCCCUUGACAAUCACGUUGGUUCGUCGCGGCGCGACGGACGGCGCCUGGAGCGCCGAGACGGCGACGGCGCAGCCGAACCUGCGUUUGGGGGCGGCGUGUUGCGCGGUCGUCGUAGCGAGCGCGGGCGGCGUUUGUCUCACGCGUCAGCGUCGCGCGCGCGCCCCGGCGUCAUCGAGAGCACUGGGCGAGCAUCAACUCUUUUGCCGCCGGGCCGCGCCGACGGCGUCUCAAGCGGUUGCGUGGUAAAGCUGUGGACGCAGCAACGUUACAGAAAUCGUGUUAGCGCCAUCUUAGGCCCCGGCCGGCGGCACUGCAAUUGGCGCAAUGGGCCAGCG